AUGCCUAGAGUAAUUAAUAGAUUACAGUUCUCCCAAGCGAACCUCGACAGGUCUCGCAACGCUUUGCAUGAACUUCAGGUACACUUGCACAACACGGACACAGACAUAGCAUUAAUUUCAGAACCAUACAUCGGUAACUCAAAACAUGUCAAGAACAUACAAGGCUUUAACGUUUUUCAGGCUGAUGGCGCCACGAAAGUACGGGCCUGUAUCUUGGCCAAAACACACAUUCACGCGAUCACGCUCACACAAUUCACAACGGACGACCUUUGCAUCAUUUCCAUUCCCGCGAAAAAUUAUAACAUAUACGUAGUCUCGAUUUACAUUGAACCGCGCACGGAUACAAAUAAUAUACUAAAUAAACUAGACCAAUUUUUACACACGCACAACGGCUCACACGUAAUAAUAGGCGGCGAUUUUAACGGAUGGCACAGCACUUGGGGCAGUUCCGCUGACAACCCACGAGGAGCAGAAGUAGCUGACUUCAUAUUAACCCAUGACCUUCAGUUAGGAAACGUAGGCCAAACCCCCACAUUUCAAACGAUUACGCACGGACAGAAACGCAACUCUAUUAUAGACUUAACGCUCUAUUCCCCCAAUCUCAUUAGCAAAAUAAACGACUGGCGAGUACACCCGGGACACUUUCCAUCCACACAACACAACCACAUUACAUUCGCAAUUAAUCUUACACAAUCUCCUGCGCUCACUAAAAAUACUUACAGCACAUUCUUAUACCAAACAAACAAAGGUAACUGGCAUUCAUUUAAAGAACACCUCCACACCAAAAUCUUUAAUUCAGGAAUCCUAGACAAAAAUAUAGAGACAUUAACGUCCACACAAUUAGAGCAAACCAUCAUUACCCUCACCGAAAUUAUAAACGAUGCCAGCACCCAAACUUUUCCCAUAAGAAAUAACAGAAUCAAACCCAGGCCUCCGUGGUGGUCGGAUGAAUUACAACCUCAACAGAAAGCUUUAGAUCUUUUUUGCUCCCUCCAAACAAAAGAAAAUGUCUGGUCACUGACAAACAGACUAUUAAAAUCACGAGGAUUCAACCCACCACCUCAAACGUUACGCAGGAAAAAUAACACGUACACCACCACGGCACAAGAAACCGCGCAGGAAUUGCUUAAACACUUUUACCCAGACGACGGGCCCGACACCGAUCCUACACAUAUUCAAACUCGCGUCACGUCGAACAAUAUACCCAACACCCAAGAUGACCCAGAAUUUAGCCAGGAAGAGGUUCUAGAGACCCUCCGUCAAAUGAACCCUAAUAAGGCUCCAGGCCACGACCACCUUACGAGCGACAUAUGCUCGAUGGUUGCAAGCCAAUAUCCUGGAUUAAUCACUAACAUACUGAACCGAUGUCUUUCACUAGCAUAUUUCCCAAGUACAUGGAAGAAAACCAUUGUAAAAGUCAUCCCUAAACCAUCAAAAACUGACUACACCGAUCUAUCAGCCUAUCGCCCAAUUGGUCUUAUACCAGUAUUUGGAAAAACGCUAGAAAAACUCUUUACUAAACGGCUCGUAUACUCGUCACAGCGGCAAAAAACACUCAACACUGAACAAUACGGAUUCACCCAACAAACAGGUACAACACAAGCCAUUCUCUCGAUAAUUAAUAAAGUCAAAGCAGCUAAGCAAAAACAUCAAGAAGUAUCAGUAGUUUCACUCGAUAUAAAGGCGGCAUUCGAUAACGCGUGGUGGCCAGCUAUCCUUAGCGGUCUUAGGGACGUCGGAUGCCCCCUAAAUAUAUAUAAACUUAUUAAUAAUUAUCUCUCGGACCGCACCGUCAAUUUAACAAUAGGCGAACACACUACCAGCAAAACCAAUAACAAAGGCUGUAUACAGGGUUCGGCAUGUGGACCCGUUCUAUGGAAUAUUCUGAUCAAUAAAUUACUCAACACCAGAUUUCCGCCCGGGUGCCACCUACAAGCUUUCGCAGACGACGUAGUGCUGCUGGCCACAGCAUCAGACACAGACACUCUACAACGAAUCACGAACACUUCACUAGAUACCAUCUUUCAAUGGGGUAAAAGCGUAAAAUUAGAAUUCGGUCCAGAGAAAACACAAUUAAUUCACUUUUCAAAUAAAGCCCAAAAAACCCAAAUUAAAAUAAACAAUAUUACGUUAAAACCGGUAGAAACAAUAAAAUACUUAGGUGUCAUUAUUGAUCGCAGACUGACAUUUAAAAAUCACAUAAACUACAUCAUUCAAAAAUCACAAAACUUAUUUAACAAACUUUGCAAUUUUAUAAGACCCACUUGGGGCAUACAUUCUGAUAAUAUAAAAACAAUAUACCAUAUGGUCAUAGUCCCAACCAUCACAUACGCCGCGGGAGUCUGGGGCGACUCCGUAAAUAUAAAAACCUACAAAAACAAAAUCCUCUCAUUACAGCGAAUGUUUGCAAUCAAAGCCAUCCGCGGAUUCCGUACCAUCUCCCUAAACGCAGCCCUCGCGCUCGCAGAAUUUCUUCCAUUAGACAUAAAAAUAAAUGAAAUCCAAUGCAUCGAAAAAGCCCGCGUCGAGCACCAAACUCACUUAAUUCCAUCCGACAUCCCCAUCGAGACACCCACACACCCCUCACAACUCUUACACCCCUCGGUUCGCACAGGCAUCAGACACACAACAUAUAAAAACAACCUACACAAACACAUCAAACCCGCGCCCCACGACAUAUACACAGACGGAAGCAAACAAGAGAACGGAGAAACUGGAGCAGCAUUCAUUGUCCACUCGCCUAACACACACUUAACCAUACACACAUCAAAAAUUAAACUCCACCCCACGAGUAGCAUUUUUCAAGCCGAACUCCUCGCUAUUAAAGAGGCAUGCAAAUGGGCAACUAAAAAUAAUACCAGCUGCAUCAUACAUUCGGACUCACGAUCGGCACUGACGGCAUUAGAACAAAUAUCCAAUACCCACCCAUUAGUUAGCAGCAUACACCGGAUAUUACACCAAAACAAGCACACACAGAUACAGUUCAAAUGGGUUCGAGCCCAUACCGGUAUUGUAGGUAACGAGAAAGCAGAUGCCGCUGCUAAAGCAGCUUCCAAAGCCCAUAAGGCCCCUAAUUUCAUUAGUUGCCCCUUAUCACAUAUAAAACACAUUGCACGAUUAAAAUCCUACACCACUUGGGAAAAGAGGUACUUGGAGGAGCCCACGGGGGCAAGAACCAGGGAGUCCGGGUUCGGCAGCCUCGCCGGGGAUCGCCCUCGGACGGGGGCAUCGGGGACGGAAGAGCGGGUCGCGGCAGAAGUGGACGGAACCACCCUACCUGGACCCUUUGGUCCCUUCUUCUUCGCCGCCGCAGCGGCCGCAGGAAGGUCCCUGCCUCUUCCGUCUGCCGCCAAUGGCGGCCUGAUCGCAGCCCAUCCGCCGAGCGGAGCGCACACGUUCCGCGUCGCUCCGCACUUUAAAAAUCCGGAAAAUAGUCAAAGUUUGAAUAUCAAAGUGAAAGUUAUGCCAAAGUGUAGUGUUUUGUGUUCUCUACACGGGAGUGUAAUUAUCUUGGACCUGGACCAAAAAUUCCGGGACUUAGGACCUCAUUUGGACCUUUUUAGCGAAUUUUUCCCCGGAAGCGGUACAAAUCCGCCAUUCCCGCAUAACUUUGUAAAGCGCGGUCGCUCGAAACUAAGCGUCGGAGAGCAGUUCACUCUGUGUGAAGCAAUUAUAAGGGCAACCAACAUCGUGAGCUUUCCACCACCUCCAGAAUCGAAGAUUUUUGUACUUCGAGGGGAAUAA